CAGGAAUAUGAUCAAAAUUACCAAGAAAAUGAUGAUGCACCUCAGCAAAUAGGCGAGUGCACUAGCAGCGAGUUGCAUGGAAAUCCUCCACCGUCAGAAUGGUAGGCAGCUACUUUGAGUUUCCUGAGGAAACAGAUGACAAGGAUGGUUCUGUGUCCACAACUGAUGGAAACAACAAAUUGUAUGGAGAUGGAGAUGAUGAGUUGAAAGCUUCUGGGGAAGAAGAAAGCUGGCUUGCUCAGUAUGGUCAAGUUGUCCAAUCGCAAAAUGAUUUUGGGACAGAGUUUCACAUUAUAGAUUUGUGGGAUUGGUCAAUGGUAAGAGAGAUCCAAAAGGAAGGAACCUUCCCAGUGGCUAAGCUGGUUGGGAGAUUAGUGCAGCCUUCUUCCAAGCUUCAUCCUUCCAUGCCUUCUCAUGGUCGUCGUUUGAAAACAGCUCCAAUAUGCAAGGCCCGUCUUGAUAUGGUGCAGGUUAGAUCAGGGCAAGUGUAUAAGCUGCGGACCCCUAGUGCAAGAUAUCUAGCCACAUUGUUGAAUUAUGAUGCUUCGAAUCCAACCAGUGACUGGGGAUUUCCUGAGCUAUCAACUGAAGGGACUAAUAAAACAUGUGGUUCCAUAACAGCAGUUAAAGUUCUCUCUCAGCAGUAUACAAGUUCAUGCCAUGAUAAUCCCCCUGUUAAUGAGAAGCACAAAACCAAUGUAUAUAGGGACAGAGCUGCUGAAAGAAGAGCACUGCAUGGCAGUUUUGGUGCAGCCCCUGGGCAGAAAAGGUCAGCUGAGGAUGCUAGUCCACCUUCAACUGAGGAAGCUGCAGCUGAAGCCUUAGAAAUGUCCCUUGGAGCUGGUAGUUAUGCCCAAAAAAUCCUAAAAAACAUGGGCUGGAAAGAGGGUGAAGGACUUGGCAAAACUCAGCAUGGGCUGAAAGAACCUUUACGAGGCAUUGGAAAUAAAGGUACUGCUGGAUUGGGGUGGAAAUCUAGAUGAAGUGAACAAGCAAUGACUCAAAUUGACAGACUUCUGGCAUAAGUUUGGCAAUGUAUUUCUGGCAGUUAGUUCAUGAGACUAGCACUGUUUGUGCUGCCGAAUCCUACCAAAGCCCGGGUGCCUUAGUUUAGUGUUAGUUUACCUGGAAACAGUUGGAUGCAGUUUUAUUUGUAUCAGUGCUCUUAUAUACUGUACUGCGUAGGACAUUUGACUAAGAUUACUCAUGUAAUCCGUAAUAGAUAAGAAUGUGGAGAGGCAUGUUCUGUA